CAAUCAUCUCUCUUCACCUCCACACAUAACACAAUUACCAAAUACCCAUGCUUUUCUUACAUCCUACGACACCCCAGCUCACCAUAAAACAACAACAUCAUCCCCACAUGCCAAUAUGCUUAAACUAGACCACAACAACAUAAUUGUCAUACACCUAGCUAAACCAUGAACACAAAAACUGCCACCUUUUUUUGGCUCACAGCCAUAGCCAUUUUGCUUCUCUCUCUCAUAGUUUCCUUGCAUUCCUCUCCCUCUCCAACUACUAGCUUUAGAGGCAGUAUUCUUCGUGUCGUUGGAAUCGAGCUUUUGUGUAAGGUAGGCCGCAAACUAGGUUUGCAAGACAUCUUUUGUAGUGUAGAAGAAGGUGUUAUCUACAGAAGACAUCACCACCACCAUGCUCAUCAUCACCAUUCUAGGCAUAAAAAGACUUCAUGCAAUGAAACCCUAAAUUGGAGACCUAAUCUCAAAUCAUCUUACAAGAUUAGUGUUGUGAUCACCGUUGACACCAAGGGCUGCGCCAAUUUUAGCAGCGUGCAGAAAGCUAUAGACGCCGCGCCGGAUUUUAGCCGCUCUUGGACGCUCAUCAAGGUUAAUUCCGGCACUUAUAGUAAUGUAUAUAUUAGGGAAAAAGUAGUGGUGAGCUCCAACAAGAGCAAUAUAAUAAUUCAAGGAAAAGGCUAUCUGAACACGGCCAUAGCAUGGAACGACACUGCUAAUUCAACCGGAGGAACUGCCUACAGUUCUACAUUUGCUGUUUCUGCUUCAAAUUUCGUAGCUUAUAAUAUUAGUUUUCUGAACACAGCUCCGGCACCGGAUCCCGGAGAAAUCGGAGGGCAGGCAGUGGCGAUAAGGGUUUCAGGCGAUCAAUCUGCAUUUUAUGGAUGUGGAUUUUAUGGAUCUCAAGACACCUUGAAUGAUGAUAGAGGCAGGCAUUAUUAUAAAGAAUGUUUCAUCCAGGGAUCUAUUGAUUUCAUUUUUGGGAAUGCUAGAUCACUUUUUGAGGGGUGCACAAUAAAUUCGACGGCGAAAGAGCCAGAAGCCGGUGGCGUGAGCGGGUGCAUCACGGCUCAAGCGAGGGAUUCGGGGGACGACAAAACCGGGUUCUCGUUCGUGAAAUGCAGCAUCAGUGGGAGCGGGAAAGUGUGGCUGGGUCGAGCUUGGGGUCAUUAUGCGACCACCAUUUUCUCCAAAUCCUACAUGUCCGAUGUUGUUUCUGCCGAUGGUUGGAACGAUUGGAGAGAUCCUUCUAGAGACCAAACGGUGUCGUUUGGGGAGUAUGAAUGCUACGGGCCCGGAGCUGACACUACCAAUAGAGUGGCAUACGGGAAGCAAUUGAAGCAAUCCGAAGCAGCUCCAUAUAUGGCCACUUCAUUCAUUAAUGGAGAAGAUUGGCUUGUUGAUAUUCCUGCUCUAGAUCAAACUCAUUUUAUUCAAUUUCACUCAUCUAAUUAAUUCAACCCCAUAUACACUAUUACAUAAUAAUAUAAAUACAUAUACUCUAAAUUAUUUCUUGAUGGACA